GCUGCGACGCGCAGAAGUCCAGCAACCUUCGAUACAUCGGCAUCGGACCGGUUUCAUCUAUCCUGGCUUGAACACGCCGCUCCCUGCUUAAUGGUUCAGUUGACCAGUUAUGUGGAGGAAAAGUAGACGUCUAGCGAACUCCCAACCCUGUGAAACAGAGACCAAAAGUGAAUGCGAUAAACGCGAUAAACAGAGAUUCCCGGGGCUACGUUCGAUCGAGAAUAACUUGGAGAGAGUAUGCGGCUUUGAGUUGAAGGAUCUUUCGUCUUUUUCAAGAUUCACCGAGCUUUUGUACCGACCCACUGAUCCAGCCAGCUUAGGCGUUAUUAGGGCACUUUUCGGAUUAUGUAUGGUUCUGGAUAUCGUGGAGGAACGAGGGUUAGGAGACAUCGACAUAAAAUGGGGAGAUCCCAUGGAUUGCCAUUUUCCGCUAAUUCACGGCAUGAAGGCUCCGCCGCUGCCAUGGAUGAUACUAAUUUACGCGAUUAUGUGGAUGGGUGCUUUUGGAAUUAUGCUCGGCACGCGGUUCAAAAUAGCCUGCGCCUGUUUCGUAAUUCCAUACUGGUACAUCUUCCUGCUGGAUAAGAGCUACUGGAACAAUCACACGUAUCUCUAUGGAAUCGUUGGCGCUCUCUUCUGGGGUACGGAGGCUAACAAGUACUUUGCAUUGGAUGCUAUGAAAUUGAAGGAAACAGAGCGUAGAGUGCCUCUAUGGAAUUAUUUCAUUCUAAAGUUCCAAUUCUUCGCUCUGUAUUUCAUAGCUGGAUUGAAAAAGUCUGGGACGGAAUGGUUGUCAGGUUACGCGAUGACGAAUUUAUCGAGGCACUGGGUCUUCAGUCCGUUCAAAUUAUUCUUGACCACCGAGCAGACUGAUUUUUUCAUAGUUCACUGGUUUGCAUUUAUCUUUGACCUCACGGUUGGAUUUUGGAUGCUGUUCGGUAAAACACGUAUCCCUGCGAUGGUCGUUUGCACGGCUUAUCACUUAAUGAACUCCAGAUUAUUCAGUAUUGGGAUGUUCCCAUACGUGUGCCUCGUGACCAUGCCACUGUUCUGUGACCCAGACUGGCCACGAAGACUCAGAACCUUCGUGAAAAAUAACUACGUUCCUUCGUUUUUCACGAAAAAUCGGGAUUUCAAAAGCCACGAUAAAGCUGCCAUAGAUCGAGCAAACGAAUCGUGGGACGAAAGAAAUAAUCGAACGAGCAAGGAGUCGUCGAUCGCUGAUGCAGAUCGAGAAGGUACAAAUCCGACAGACCCUACGAUCACUCGUAAACGUGCGAGGGAAAUCUGCAGUAAAUCGGCUAAAGUGACGAAGAAGCAAAAGUUCGUAGUUUCUCUGUUACUAUUCCAUGUAUUCUUGCAGUUUUUCUUACCAUACUCUCAUUUUAUCACGAAGGGUUACAACAAUUGGGUACCAGGAAUGUAUGGGUACUCGUGGGACAUGAUGGUCCACGUUUGGGACACGGUACUCGUUGUAAUUAAAGUCCACGACAAUGUGAGUAACGAGGAUCGUUAUUUGGAUCCUAAAGCAUGGGUGCAAAGCAAUCGAUGGGAAAAACACGGCGAUAUGGUCGUGCAAUACGUCUCCUGUAUAAGAGAUAAUUUAAUUAAACAAGAGAAUCAGCUAUUGGAGAACGGUCACCAACGCGCGAAGAAGACAAAAUGGCCACCACUGUCGUCCAACUUGAGCAUCUAUAUCGACGUGUGGUGCUCGCUCAAUGGAAGAUUCCAACAGAGAAUGUUUAAUCCAAAUGUUGACAUGCUAACUGUAGAUUGGCACCCGUUUAAGCCCAUUUCGUUCUUAAUGCCACUUCUGUCGCAAUAUAAUUCUUACCGAUACAAACUGGAAGAAAUUCAGCAACACGUUUACGCGUGGUCCAACGACACCGACGUCCUCUUCGUCGCCGACUUUCCAGGCAUGCACCUGGACAAUUACAUCGCCAAAAAUUUAACCAACGUCACUCUGUCGGUACUGGAAGGCGAGGUAACCUACAGCGACGAAAAACAACCAUACGACGUCGUGAUCGCGAAAGGUUCCUCGAUUCCGAUACAGACAGGUCAAUUUCAUAAAGUGACGACGAUCAGCGCCUAUCCAGCCUGCUACAUGUACACUUGCACCAAGGGAAACGAGCAGCAAUCGGAAACUGAUGGAAUAAUGGAACCGGAAGAACCGACAGAGCCUUCCACCAUCUUGAAGGAAAUUAAUUACAAGAUCGACGCGUGGAUAAGAGCGUUGCAUCACAUGGCAAACGCAUUUUUCUAUUUGGUAUAUGACGUUCCCAUGGUGAGAAGGGUGCAGAUCAGUAAAUAACGCGAUUGAUUACAACCCUGAUAAUCGGAAAUGAUGCUCACUCGUCUCGAUCGAGUGGUUUAACUCGAAAAAAUAGGCGGGAAGGAACAAAAAUUAAUUUUCUUACCUAUCCAAGUAAAAUUGUGAUACGAUCUCGGUAAACGAGCGUCACCUAAAAUAAGCAGGAUAAAACAAGCACGUAAAUUCGACCUCGAUUUCGCCCUCGAGGCUGUCCGAGAAGAAUCUUCACGGACACGACGAGUAUUUCAGAUGCAAAGAAGGCGAAACGUAAUCGCGAAAUGAGUAAGGUGAAUCGCUGGCGUUGCGAGAGCUGCGAUGAAGAUAACACCGUAAAAUCUCACGGCCGCGACGUGCUCGACGUUCGAGCGUCUAUUAUUAAUCCCUAAUAAAAAGAUAGUGGACAAAGUCGAAGACACUGUAAUCGUAACUAUGUCAACUCGUCUACGCUCCUCUCGCCGAACCGAUUCAUCUCAGCGUCUAAUAAUACGCUCGAAUCGCUCCUUUCCUGUCAGCCCAAUCGCAAUCGGUAAACCGCGGCGCGAAAUUAAUCUCAAGGACGUCGAACUUGCGAUUAAACACGUGCGACCAUGCGGCCGCUGAUAAACCACGAAGAUGGAUGGUCAACAGCCUCCCUCGAUCCAACGUCGCGAGUCACUGUAAAAAUCGACGGGAACCCAGAGGAACGAGGGUUUCGUCGA